UAUUUUCUCUCUCUCUCUCCCCCAACCCAGCCCUCAUUUUUCCCUCUCUUUCUCUCUGCAACCAAACCCUAAAGCAAAAACAGAACGAAAUAUGAAAUCCACAGCCAUUGGAUGAUGCGAGGGAGCGCCGGUUGCCGCCGUCGAAGCCCAGAGAACCAGUACUGGGAGAUUUAUCCGGUGCGGGCGUGAGCAUUGUAAAAUCGCGUAAAAAACCAAAUUAAAGAACCAGAACGAUUUCAAUGGCGGAAGAGGAGGAGAGAAAUUGUUGAAGAUUUUCCAAAAAGAGGAGAAAAAGGAUUGAUUUUUGUUGGUUUGGGCGCUUAGUAUGUGUGAUAUAGUGGCCCGUACGGGUCGGCAUCAGCAACGCUACGAGGCCGGUUGUCGCCUUGUUGCCGGGUGUAUUCCAUUUAGAUACAAAAAUUCUGAUGAGACUGAUGAGGCCAAUUCUGAGAAGAUCAUUGAGGUGCUUAUGAUUAACUCACCUAGUGGACCAGGUCUUUUGUUUCCAAAGGGAGGCUGGGAGAAUGAUGAAACUGUUGAGGAGGCUGCCGCAAGGGAAGCAGUGGAAGAAGCUGGAGUUCGAGGAGAGCUAAUGGGUUUCCUGGGGUAUUAUUAUUUUAAGAGCAAAACACACCAGGAUGAGUUCAGUCCAGAAGGUGUAUGUAAAGCUGCUAUGUUUGCCUUGUUUGUUAAGGAGGAGCUUGAGUCAUGGCCCGAGCAGAGCACCCGAAACAGAACAUGGCUGACUGUCGCAGAGGCUAUUGUGAGUUGCCGGCAUGCAUGGAUGAGGGAUGCCCUGGUGGAAGGCUUCUCAAAGUGGCAUGCAGAAAAGAUGACAGGUACGGGGUAGGGUGGGGAGGAUGUAACAUUGACUUGCUAGUUAGGUGUUCAUCAAGUAACAACACUAUUAACGAUACUACUGUUGGAAGUUACGUAGUCCCUUCAAGUUUAUUCUUGUUAACAGUUGAUCUCUCUGACACUUUGAUUCGGAGUGUAUUGUCUUAUCUUGUUUAGAUUCUUCACUUAAGCAUUAACAUUUUCUGGUGCA